AUGUAUGAUGCCACUGACAUCCUAGACCUAUGUCAAAUCGAAGCUGACAAGCAGAGCGAAUCGAAAGGUAGCAGCUUGGUUGAAAAGGCUCCAGGUUGCUGCCAGCCAUUGCUCUCCUGCCUACGAAAUCCUGUGUUCGCACACAAGAUAGGCAGCCGCAUCAAGGAGCUCAACCAGAGGCUGGACAACAUAUACAAAGAGGCUCACAAGUUCAACUCCAUCAUCAAUCUAGGCUCCCACCCGGAGCAGAGGAUGUCCACUAGCGAGAAGAUGACAUCUGAGUUUGUUGAGUCAGCCAUUGUUGGUGAGAAGAUUGAGAUAGAGGCUCACAAGUUCAACUUCGUCAUCAAUCUGAGUUUGUUGAGUCAGCCAUUGUGGUUGAGCUUGGUUGAAAAUGGCCAUGAUUAG